GGGUAACACUCAGACACAUUCAGAUGCACGACAUUUCUUCAGUGCAACCCCUCAUCGGACGAGGUCUCACUCGUAUGAUGGAAAUAGAGACUGUGUACUCUAUAUUCAAUUUUACGCCAGUUACGAUAAUAGCAACAAGAGGUCCGUGUUAUAGUACCAAAUAUGUUAGCACAAACACCGACAUUUACCCUAUUACAGGGUGAUUUAGAGUCUGUCAGCCUUGUCUACCGAGGCUAUCCUCAAGAUGGUCAAGAUUGAGCCUUUCGAUGUUGAGAAGUGGAUGGAUAAGUAUGAGGUUACUCCAGGGGUUCUCAACAUCGCGGAGACCUGUGCAGCCUCAAUCUCGAUCGACGACCUUGUCAAGCUCUGCGAAGAUCCGAACGUCCCCAAGCCUCUAAGCACAUCUACGAAACUGACAUAUGGCCCGAUUCGAGGAUCACUAGCCCUGCGAGAGCGGUUAGCUUCUCUAUACUCGGCCAGAGUCUCGACGCCUUUGCCGACAGACAACAUCCUCAUAACGCCAGGAGCAAUAGCGGCCAACUUCCUCGUCUUUUACACCCUUAUCGGACCCAGUGAUCAUGUCAUCUGUGUACAUCCUACAUACCAGCAAUUAUAUGAUGUCCCGAAAAGUUUGGGUGCCGAAGUAUCGCUAUGGAAGCUUCGGAAGGAAAAGAAAUACGUCCCAGACCUAGAGGAUCUGAAAGAGCUCGUGAAGGACAAUACAAAGAUGAUCAUUAUCAACAACCCCAACAAUCCUACCGGAGCUACGAUCCCAAAAUCUGUGCUACAAGGCUUAGUUAAGUUUGCCCGGGAACGAGACAUCAUUGUUCUCUCCGAUGAAGUCUACCGGCCACUAUUCCACGGCAUCUCACCUGUUGAUGAAGACUUUCCCCCUUCACUGGUCUCCCUUGGUUACGCAAAGACAAUCAUCACAGGUUCAAUGUCUAAGGCUUACUCCUUAGCCGGUAUCAGGCUAGGCUGGAUAGCUUCUCGAGACCCGGAAAUCAUAGAAGCUAUCGCCACAGCUCGAGACUACACCACAAUCUCGGUCUCGCAACUCGAUGAUCAAGUUGCUACAUAUGCUCUAUCAGCAUCCGUCCUGCACGCUCUCUUAGGUCGAAAUAUCCAGCUCGCAAAGACGAACUGUGCUUUGCUAGAGAGAUUUAUCGAUCAAUGGUCCGAUGUCUGUUCUUGGGUAAAACCAAACGGAGGCACCACAGCGCUGGUUCGAUUCGAGAAAGAUGGAAAACCAGUUGAAGAUGUACAGUUCUGCAUCGAUGUUAUUGAGCAAACCAAAGUCAUGUUCCUGCCCGCCUCGAAGUGUUUCGGGCAGGAUUUCAAAGGCUACGUACGAAUUGGCUUCGUCUGCGAGACCGAAGUCUUGAAAGAGGCCUUAAAGCAACUUAGUCUUUACGUUCGGAAGCACUUGAUAUAAUAUCAAAUUGUAUUGCAAACCCAUUCAUUCUUGCUCUCGUGAUCUGUUUCAUGUUUCAUCCCAUCCUUGAAGCUAGCUAUC